AUGUUGGCCUCAAAGAUUGAAGCUCACGUGGGAAUCAUGCGACCGCCAAAGUUCGAUCCAACUGAAACGUAUCCCGUUUUGUUGGAUGUUUACGGUGGUCCAAAUUCCUACAUUAACAGCUUGGAGACGCCGUGGGAUUUCUUGGUAUACCUUUGCUCAACAAGACAGUUGGUUUCACAAAAUGUAACCACAAUGAUCCCUGGAGAGCAAUCAGAGGUCAGUCAUUCGAGUCGAGAAAGAAAAAGG